AUCCACCUCUCUCUACAUACUCUCUUUCUUCCACCUUUCCCCUUAGGUUUUAUCGCCACCUUAAUAUCUUUAACCUAAAAUGGAGGACACAAACAAAGAUCCCCAUCUCCUUACCACUCCUCCUCCUCAACCUCCUGCCACCACCACCACUACCCCCACCUCCACCGCCAGCCCACCACGUAUCAACAACCGAAAGUCAAAAGGCAAAGGAGGUCCUGAGAACGGAAAGUUUAAGUAUAGAGGAGUUAGACAACGUAGUUGGGGUAAGUGGGUCGCGGAAAUUCGCGAGCCACGUAAACGAACACGCCGGUGGCUCGGUACGUUUGCAACAGCCGAAGACGCGGCUCGAGCAUACGAUCGAGCCGCGGUGGUUCUUUAUGGUUCGAGAGCUCAACUUAACCUACAGCAACCGUGUGGUGACGGUGGUAAUAAUAAUAAUACCACCACCGUCACCACCGGGUCUGCUGCGGCCACCUCUACUUCAUCCUCCUCUCCCUCAUCGUCGUCGGCGUCUACAUCGACUCUCCGGCCGAUACUUCCUCGGCCGGCUGCUUUUAAUCUUACUUUCUCACCUCAAACGACGCCGUCUUCUGUCCCCAUUUUCGGUAAUUAUACGCCCUACCCUUUUUACCCUACCGUACAACAUAACACUAAUUCUGGUAAAUUCUCCGUACAACGUAUGCAACCACAUCCGUACUUGCCGUACAUAAACAUGAAUAAAGAUUGUGUUGUUGAGGUUGGAGGUGGGGGUGGGGGGCCCUCUUUAAAGAUGACAACAACUCCUCCAACCUCGUAUGAUCCGAACGCCGACACAAACCCUAGAAGAUACAUGUGUCGACAACCGUUGUCACAAUCACAACAGUGUGAAAAUUAUGAACCGAUGAAAGAUGAGAUUAAUUCGCUGGUGGGUUCGGUUGGAGCCAACCUUUCGCUUGUUUCAAACUCGCCUUCGACAAUGGUGGUCGGAGAUUCGGUUUCGGAUCGUACUAUGGUGGUUGCAGAUUCGGUUUCAGAUCCUUCAUCGCCGUCCUGGUCGAUGACGAAUGACGAUGAGUAUCCGCCACCUAGCAUAUGGGAUUAUGGAGAUCCGUCGUUUGAUUUUUAGAGGUUUUUGUUUUAGUGGCGAAAAUAGGGUUUGAAAAUUUGAGUUGCAGAAUUUAAGUUAACUACAGUCGAAGAAGUUGUUUUAAUCUGGGUGUUGCUGGUUUGAUGUGAUGAACAAAUGUUUGUAAUGAUCAAAAGAUCGAAUUAGGGUUUAAAAGAUGUUGAAGUGACGAUUUCAUAUAUUCGUCUCAUUGUUUGAAAAGGUAUGUCGACUCUAGCUUUUUAGUUUUUAGUUGUUUUACCAAACUAAUUGAAUUAUUUAGAUUUC